AAACUCCCCAACUUUGCAAAGUUCGGGACUACCGAGCCUCGAAAAUCUUAGAUGUGACCGCCCUAUCAUGAGAGGGCGUUCAUGAUUUGUACAUAAGAUACCCCAUAGAUACUUUGCUGUUCUCACUAUUCAGGGUAAACCAUAAAGUAAGGUGGUGCGAAGACAUUGACGUGAGCUUCUCCUUCAUGUAGUAUACAGCUUCGGCCCUAACUUCCUAGUGAGUUGCGCAAUGGCAUGCGUCUGCCCGGCAGCCAAGCUCUCCGCUGCUGGUGUAGUAUUUUGGAGCAGAUGUCAUAGGACAGAAGGGCACCGACUGCGAGUCUCAGAAAGCCUGUUUGAUACACACUUCACCAGUAGAUUUAGAAAGUUUCUGACCCCUCGGUGCAGCCAACCCCAUGCCCAGGACCACCAAAGCCUAAGUUCUGUCCACAGGUUACAGGGCUGCAAUUUGCAUGAAGUAUGUUGCAGACCAAGCGACCUGUUGCGACACAGGAGUUCUCUACAUUCCAAAAGGGAUCUUCAAAGUGUGCGGAGUCUCGCCGCUGCCUCUUCCCCGUCAGCAGAGCCACAUAAGCCAGCUUCUGAGGAUUCUGUGCUUCAGGUGGUCCAUGCAUUGCAGGAUAACAGCACAGCGAAUCAGACUGCAGCUGCCUUGAUUGCUCAAUUGGACGGGAAGGGAAGAGAGGUCAUCUUAUCUGCCCUCUUCCAAACAGCUAGUGAAAACAUCGACGACGUGUUCAAGACUGUUGAUGUCAACCAUGAUGGCAUCCUGAGCAAGGAUGAGUUUUCGGGCUAUGUUGAGGCCCAGGCGCUUGAAAUGGGAAAGUCCAUGAGGCCCCCAACUCAAAGACAGCUUUUUCUCCUCUCGCUGCGGGCUGCUAUAGGGAACAUUGGUUUUGGCUUUACUGACAAUGUAAUCAUGAUCUUGGCUGGGGACGUAAUUCAGAACUCCAUAGGCACUGGGCUAGGACUGUCGACACUCAUGUCCGCUGGGCUUGGGAACUGCAUCGCUGACGUCAUCGGCGCUGCCUUCAAGGAAAGCAUCGAGGGGGCGUCCAGCCACUUCAUGCCGGACCCCAAGGCGUCGCCGUUCCAGAUGGCCACCAAGGAGGCCUGGUGGGCCGAGACAACCGGCGCAUCUGUCGGAAUCGCUGCCGGCUGUAUCCUGGGCCUCUCGCCGCUUUUCGUCAUGGGCCGUUGGCGUGCGGUCGACGAGGUCGAAGUUCUAGAUAAAUCUACCCCCGGCUUGACUGUGACGAUGGAUGAUAGUACCCCGAAGGUUGCUUCGAUCAUCGCCGGGGCGUCUUGGGGCGGGUCAGGCGGCCCGUCUUCAGCGGAGGGGGCCGGGGAAGCGUUCCGGGGCUUGAUAGGAGAGUCAGCACGCUCCGGGGAAGAAAUAUCAGAAAGCAAGGCGAUCGAUAGGAUCGGUUUGCCGAGCACGCGUUCUCGAGUUUCUCAUGUAACGGCCGUAGUCGAGGUUCCUCAGGGGAUCCCUCGAAGUCAACGCGCGUUGGACAGGUUUGCUGGUGUUUGGAUGUUACUUGCGAUGGCCGUGCUGAUGUGCAUCAGGAGACUGUACGAUUAUAGACGUCGGCGUCUGUCGACUCGUCGAGGAGCGGAUCGACUUGGUUUUGGACCCAGCUUGCAGUAGGUAACUGGUGUUGAACUUCGAGAAAUUGUUUUUGCGUUUGCGGUUCCGGAAGCAGAUUCAAACCCCUCCAACCAUUAUCUAGGUUUUCAGCUUGCCUGGUUUUCAGCUUGCCCAAUCUAGGUUAAGAGUCUAUGAAAUUAAUCGGAUCCACAAGCCAUGUGUCCUUGUAAAGAAUGUCAUCAUUCACAGCCCCUCCCUUCAAGGUCCGGG